CUUCAGUACUUUUUUUUUGUGACAUAUUUUUUUGUGUUGCGCCGUUCGUAAACACCAAAUGUCGUAUGUCGACUCCAUCUACGUACAACGAUUCCGCGAGCCUCGGUCCCGCCUUGAAUUCGGAAGAAACGCUUGCUUUGUGUAUCGCUGUGCGCCGAGCGGGCGGAGCGGCGGUUCGUAACGCGAGCCUCCCGUCACCAACUCUACCCCGCUUCCCUCGGGCGGCCCCGCUUAGCUAACACAAACAAACGCAAUGGAGCUACGUAAUGUGUCUCCAUGCUUCGUGCUCCUGUCGGCGACCUGUCAGUCAAGUGGAAAUAAUGCAGUCGAGUAGCUAAGGAGAGGACGGCGAAGACGUCAGCGGAGACCCGCAGGUUGGCUGCGUUUGCAGCCGAGAGGGGAGGGUGGGUGAGGAUGCCUUCUCCGUCUUUUAACCUCGACGCUCAGAGCAGAUUCCAUGACAAAUGGCUCAAGAUAGAUUUACAGUGGGCCUUCUCUGCAGAAGGACUGAGCGAGAUGUGGAACGAAAUGGUGAAGGAUGAGGAGAUAACGUUCAACGGAGAGGAAUCGGCGUACCCAGAAGACUGCUCGGGCUGCUUCGGAGGUCAGAAGAAGGAUGAAGCCAACGACAAGGAGAAGAAAGACGAGGAGGAGGCGGCGGCGACUGCGGCGUCCGCGGCCGUCCACCGUUCCAUCAUCGAGACCUGGGACUGGGGGCGGCAGCCAGACGAGAAAGAGCUGAAGGACUGCCUGAUGGUGCUGGUGGACGACCAGCAGAAGCUCUCGGCCCAGAUGGCCAAGAGCACGCUGUCGGCGCGACGUCUCUGCCAGCGGCUGGUCAUCCUGGAGCGCUACCACAUCUCGCUGAGCUACAGCAUGGUCGAGAAGGACAAGUUCUCCUGGAAGUUCCCCGUCAGCUCCCCGCGGCCCGCCGCUGACAAUAAAAGCCCGCGUCCGGACAGCAAAAGCGUGGAAGGUUUGGCCGUGGUGGGCUCCAGGGCGGCGCUCUCGUUCGCCUUUGCCUUUCUGCGUCGGGCCUGGAGGUCAGGAGACGACGCAGACCUGUGCAGUGAGCUCCUCCAGGAAUCUCUGGACGCUCUCCGCGCCCUGCCCGAGGCCACGCUGUUCGACGAGGGCACCGUGUCGUCUGUGUGGUUGGAGGUGGUCGAGAGGGCCACCAAGUUCCUGAGCGACAUCCACGGAAACGCCACCACCAAGGCCAACAUUCCUCUUCAGGACCAGCACCUGGCGCUGGCCAUCCUGCUGGAGCUUGCCGUGCAGAGGGGCACGCUCAGUCAGCUGCUGUCCGCCACCCUGCUGCUGCUGCGCCUGUGGGAGAGCGGCACCCGAGAGAUGGACAACGAGCGCUCCACCCAGGGCACCAGCGCUCCGCUGCUGCCCCUUCUGCAGCGCUUCAAGAACAUCUACAGUAGCAAGGACGAGCCCGCCCCAGACGAGGAGCCAGAGAUCCUCUCGGCACCACUGAGUCCAAACGAGAGUUUCCUCCGCUACUUGACCUUGCCCCAGGACAACGACCUGGCCAUUGACCUGCGACAGACCGCCGUGGUCAUCUUGGCCCACCUGGACCGCCUGGCCACACCUCGCAGUCCACCGCAACUCAACUUGCCCACUACGCACAAGGGGAACAUGCAGGAGGUGAUCGCCUGCGGCCUCCUGGGCUGGAAGCUUUACGCCAACUUGAACGGGCCCAUCCAGUGCAAAGCCCUCGCCAACGUGGGCGUUACUCAAGUGGUGUGCUCGGAGAAGGGCUUCCUUAUCCUGUCCAACAGUGGCGCAGUCUAUGCCCAAAACUACAAGAGCACCACCCUGUCCCCCAUGCUCAUCUACGGGCUGAGCUCCAGGAAGAUCACCAAAGUGGCGGCCCACCCGGAGGGGCAGCACCAUCUGGCCUUGUCGUCCAGCGGGGAAGUUUUCUCUUGGGGCUGCGGUGAUGGCGGCCGCCUCGGACACAGCGACACCACGUAUCUGGAAGAGCCGACCAUGAUCACCGCCUUCAACGGGAAGCAAGCAGGAAAGCAGGUGGUGCACGUGGCCUGCGGGAGCACAUACAGCGCCGCCAUCACCGCAGAUGGUGAGCUCUACACGUGGGGGCGCGGGAACUACGGUCGCCUGGGCCACGGCUCAAGCGAGGAUCAGCUGACGCCCAUGCUGGUGACGGCGCUGAAGGGUAUGAAGGUGGUGGACGUGGCGUGCGGUAGCGGCGACGCGCAAACGCUCGCCGUCACGGAGAACGGUCAAGUUUGGUCCUGGGGCGACGGCGACUACGGCAAGCUGGGCCGAGGAGGCAGCGACGGCUGCAAGACGCCCAAGCUGGUGGAGAAGCUGCAGGACUUGGACAUCGUCAAGGUGUGCUGCGGCAGCCAGUUCUCGCUGGCGCUCACAAAGGACGGACAAGUGUACACGUGGGGCAAGGGCGACAACCAGCGCCUGGGCCACGGCACGGACGAGCACGUGCGCUACCCCAAAGUGCUGGACAGUCUACAGGGUAAGAAAGUGGUGGACGUGGCCGUGGGCUCGUCGCACUGCCUCGUCCUGACCGAUGACGGCGAGGUGCACAGCUGGGGCAGCAACGACAAGCUGCAGCACUUCGACACGCUCUUUUACAACAAGAAGAACCCCAAGGCUCUGCCGGGUCUCAAGUCCAAACACAUCGUGGGCAUCUCCUGUGGCCCGGGACAGAGUUUCGUGUGGUCCUCGUGCUCAGAGUGGUCCGUUGGUCAGCGCGUUCCCUUCGUGGUGGACGUGUGCCCCAUGACCUUCGAGCAGCUGGACCUGCUCCUGCGCCAGGUCAGCGAGGGCAUGGACGGCAGCUCGGACUGGCCUCCUGCGCAGGAGAAGGAGUGCAUGGUGGUCGCCGCGCUCAACCUGCUCCGGCUCCAGCUCCACGCUGCCAUCAGUAACCAGGUGGACCCGGAAGAGCUGGGCUUGGGGCUCGGCAGCACCCUGCUGAACAAUCUCAAGCAAACCGUGGUGGUGCUGGCCAGCAACGCCGGCGUGCUCAACACGGCGCAGGCGGCCGCUCAGGCCGUGCUGCAGAGCGGGUGGUCCGUGCUGCUGCCCACCGCCGAGGAGCGGGCCAGGGCCUUGUCCUCGUUGCUGCCCAAUACUGCUUCUGGAAAUGAGAGGAGCGUGACCCCCGGCCGCCGCUUUAUGAUCGACCUGCUGGUCAGCAGCCUGAUGGCCGACGGCGGCUUGGAAUCUGCUCUGAAGGCGGCCAUCGCUGCAGAGAUACAGGACAUUGAAGCCAAGAAGGAGGCGCAAAAGGAGAAGGAGAUCGACGAGCAGGAGGCUAACGCUUCCACCAUGCACCGCUGUCGCGCCACGCUGGACAAAGACCUCAUCAACACCGGCAUCUACGAGUCGGCCGGCAAGCAAAUACUGCCUCUGGUACAGCUUGUGCAGCAACUUCUGAGGAAUAUCGCGUCGCAGACCAUCGCCAGGCUGAAGGACAUUGCCCAUCUACGCAUCUCUAACUAUUUAGAGGCAGAGCACGACAGCAAGGAGCGCUCGGCGUCCUUGGACCUGCUGCUGCGCUUCCAGAGGCUGCUGGUCAGCAAGCUCUACCUCGGUGUCAACGACGAGGUCAACGUCAACGGAUACGAUCGUGAGCUCCUGGGCGUCGGCUCGCUGCUGAAAAAGUACAUCGCCUUGCUGUGCACCCACAUCUGCGACAUCCUCCCCGUAGCCACCAGCAUCGCCUCCACCGGGCAUCGCCAUUUUGCCGAAGUAUCUCAUGUCAUUGAAGGAGACCUGACGGGUGUGCUCCUGCCAGAGUUGGUGGUCUCCAUCGUCCUCCUCCUCACCAUCGACGCUGGCCUGAUGCAGGAGACGGGCUCCAUCCCUCUCCUGGCCGGACUCUUGGAGCAUCUGGACCGAUUCAACCACCUGGCCCCUGGUCACGAGAAGGAUGACAAUGAGGAUCUGGCAUGGCCUGGCAUUAUGGGGUCGUUUUUCACUGGGCAGAGCUCUAAGAGCAACGAAGAGGUGUCCCUCAUCCGCAAGGCCGACCUGGAGAACCACAACAAAGACGGCGGCUUCUGGACGGUCAUCGAUGGACGGGUCUACGACAUCAAGGACUUUCAGGCUCAGUCCCAGUCGCUCACGGGAAACAGCGUCCUUGCCCAGUUUGCGGGAGAAGACCCGGUAGUCGCUCUGGAAGCCGCCCUGCAGUUUGAGGACACCAGAGAGUCUAUGCAGGCGUUCUGUGUCGGCCAGUACAUGGAGCCGAACCAGGAGAUGGUCACGACUCCGGACCUCAGCAGUCUGUCGUCGCCUCUCAUUGACACAGAAAGGAAUCUGGGCCUGCUGCUGGGUCUCCACGCGUCCUACCUGGCAAAGAGCACCCCCCUGUCACCCAUGGAGAUCGAAUGUGCCACAUGGCUGCAGUCCUCCAUCUUCUCCGGCGGCUUGCAGACCAGCCAGAUCCACUACAACUACAACGAGGAGAAGGACGAGGACCACUGCAGCUCCCUGGGGACCGCCGCGCCGGAUAAAGCCAAGCUGUACUCUCGCCGGAUAACCCUCAGCGACCACGCGCAGCCUUUCCUGCAGGCCAUCGCCGACAACAACACUCAGGACCACACUGUGAAGGACUUCCUAUGCCAAAUAGAGCGCUGCUGUAAGCAGUACCAUCUUAUCACACCCAUCACCUUCCCACCGGAGCACCCCGUGGAGGAAGUGGGCCGCCUGUUGCUGUGCUGCCUGCUCAAACAUCAGGACCUCGGUCACGUUGCUCUCUCUCUGGUCAGCCAAUGUGCCUUGGGGGUGGACCAAGGGAAGCAGAGGUCCCUCCCUAAAUCAGUGAUUGACGUGUGCCGUAUGGUCUACCAGGCAAAGUGUUCUUUAAUCAAGACCCAUCAGGAGCAAGGUCGCUCCUACAAAGAAGUGUGCGCCCCGGUCAUCGAGCGACUGCGCUUCCUGUUCAAUGAGUUGCGCCCGGCGGUGAGCAAUGACCUGUCCAUCGUGUCCAAGUUGAAGCUGCUCAGUUCUCAGCCACGUUGGCGUAGGAUCGCACAGAAGCUUAUCAGAGACCGGCGGAAGAAAAGAGUACCUAAAAAGUCGAGUGACGUAGAAGAGCCAAAACUGGAGAAUGAAGGGACCAUACAAGGAGAAGCGAAUCUCAAUAUCGGCCCCACAGUGGCUGACAGGAAAUCACCUACAAGCAAGACCGCUAAACAGGACAAGUGGGAGCCCAUUCUGAGCACGGUGGACAACGUCCACAAAUACCGCUGGCUGAAGCACAGCGUGCACGGCGCCUUCCCCCAGUCCAGCCUGAUGGCUAAAAUCGUGGAGUUUGCGCUGAAAGAGGAGCCCCUGGACGUGGAGAAGAUGAGAAAGUGUCUCCUCAAACAGCUGGAGAGGGCAGAGGUGCGGUUGGAGGGCAUCGACACCAUGUUGAAGUUGGCCUCUAAGAGCUUCUUGCUGCCGUCGGUGCAGUAUGCCAUGCUGUGUGGUUGGCAGAGGGUCAUACCAGAAGCAACCAACAUCGGAGAGCCCCUUUCCGACUGCUUGAAGGAUGUGGACCUGAUUCCCCCCUUCAACCGCAUGCUCCUGGAGGUGACUUUUGGCAAGUUGUAUUCCUGGGCCAUCCACAACGUUCGCAACAUCCUGCUGGAAGCGAGCACCCGCUUUAAAGAGCUCGGGGUGCAGCCUGUUCCGUUGCAAACCAUCACCAACGAGAACCCCGCGGGACCGAGCCUGGGCACCAUCCCGCAGGCCCGCUUCCUUCUGGCCAUGAUACACAUGCUGUCGCUCAAGCAUGCCGCCAACAGCCUGAGCCUCCUCCUCAACUCGGGCAUCCUGGCCCUCACGCAGAGCAUCCUCAGGCUCAUAGGACCGAGCACCGACAGCAGCGAUGAAGAUCUGAGCUUGUCGGCGCACGGCGGCUCGGCCACCGUUCUGGAAGAGUCCAGGAAGGAGACGGUCCCCGCGCCCGUUCCCGCCUCCGGCCCGGAGCUGGCGGCCCUGAUGAAAAUAGGCACCCGGGUCAUGAGGGGAGUGGACUGGAAAUGGGGAGAUCAGGACGGUCCGGCACCGGGUCUCGGCCAGGUCAUCGGCGAGCUGGGCGAGGACGGCUGGAUCCGAGUCCAGUGGGACACGAGCAGCACCAACUCCUAUCGGAUGGGGAAGGAGGGCAAGUACGACCUCAAGCUGGCCGAACCGCCGCCUGCCGUCCAGCCUGCCGCCGAGGACUCCGACACGGAAGACGACGCGGAAGGCGAGCCAGUGGAAAAGAGCAGCCACCCAACUGCCAUGAUGCUAACGAGCACCGUCAACCUGCUCAAGACGUUAGCGCUGUCCUCUGGGAUCUACGCCGACGUGUUGCAAACGGACGCCACGCGCACCCUUUGCGGCCUCCUCAGGAUGCUCGUGGAAAGCGCGGCUAACGACAAGACGGGCUGUCACACUCACAGGCUGGUGUCCCGGGAGCAGCACAAGAGCUGGUGCACGCUGGGCUUCAUCCGCAGCAUCGCACUCAUGCCCCAAAUGUGCAGCACGCUGAGCACCUCGGCGUGGAUCGGCCUGCUCGUCCGCAUCGUGGAGGGCAACCACUCCUUCGGCGCUGUCACCUUGCAGCGACAGAUCCUCGCGCUGCGUCUCUUGCAAGCCGUGCUGCCCUCAUGGGACAAGCUAGAGCGCUCCCCGGACAUGAGGUUCCUGGUGGAGAAGCUGUUCGUUUUUUUAGGAAGCUUACUGAGCACCUGCUCCUCGGACCUGCCUCUGCUCCGAGAGGGUUCCCUACGACGCAGGAAGUCCCGCCCUCAGGCCUCUUUGACGGCCACUCACAGCAGCACGCUGGCUGAGGAGAUCGUCGGCGUCCUGCGUACCCUGCACUCCCUCACCCAGUGGAACGGUCUCAUCAACGAGUACAUCAACGCUCAGCUGAGCUCCAUCGGAGAUGUCAUGAUAAGCUGCCAGUCAGAAGCGAGUUUCCUGGAGGAGUAUUUCCCCGACGCCGAGGGGCCCAGGGUGGGCAGCCUGAUGGCGGUGCUGGCCGUGAUUGGAGGAAUCGACGGGCGCCUGCGGCUCGGCGGCCAAGUGGUCCACGAGGAAUACGGCGAAGGCACCGUCACACGCAUCACGCCAAAAGGACGCAUCACCGCGCAGUUUCAUGAAAUGCGCAACAGCCGGGUGUGCCUCCUCGGUCACCUCAAACCGUGUCCUGGGGUAUCCUUCAGCGUGCAGAACCUACCCUUCUCGGAGUCCAUGCUGGCGGUCUGGGCUCAGCUGGUGAGCCUGGCUGGAAGCAAACUGGAGAAACAGCGCAUGAAGAAGUGUCUCAGUCGAGGCCUUACAGCGGACCAGGUGGACAUCCACUUGCUGCGCUGGCAGCAGCUGAGGCUGUACAUCCUAAAGGCCGCGCGGGCGCUGCUCUCGCAUCAGGACAAACUGCGGCAGAUCCUCUCUCAGGCAGCCGUGGUGGACAUCGGACCCGACCCCGGCGAGGAUGCGGUGGUGUCGUCACCCGACGUUGGAGAGCUGUCUCCCGAGGGUCCUCUUCCCCCGAUGAUCCUACUGCAGCAGCUCCUGUCCGCCGCUACUCAGCCGUCGCCCAUCAAGGCCAUUUUUGACCGGCGGGAGAUGGAGGCCGCGGCCCUGGCGGUGUGUCAGUACCUGGCCGUGGAGUCGGCCCACCCGUCCUCCCCUCUGUUUGAAGAGAGCAGCUCCAGCGAGGCCACCACUCCCGUCACCGUGCAGCAGCACGUCCGGCCGCAGAAGAAGCACAAGACCUCGCCCGUCCCGCCUCUCCCCAUCGUUCUGCAGCUGAUGGAGAUGGGCUUCCCGCGGAAGAACAUCGAGUUCGCCUUGAAGUCGUUGUCGGGAACGACGGGCAGUGCCUCGGGUGUCCCAGGUGUCGAGGCUCUGGUGGGCUGGCUGCUGGACCAUCCAGACGUUCAUACCUCGGAAGUGUCGGACGCUGACACCGUGUCCGAAGAAGAGUCGGACGAGGAAGUGCUGGAGGAGCUGGAGGAGGCCGAGCCGACGUUCCCUGUGCCACCAGGCGCAGUGGUAACGGAAAGCCAGACGUUUAAGAAGCGCUCGGAUUUCCAGAGCAACGACGACUACGCCGUUUACGUCCGGGAGAAUAUUCAGGUGGGCAUGAUGGUCAAAUGCUGCCGAACGUACGAGGAAGUGUACGACGGCGACGUGGGCAAAGUGAUCAAGCUGGACCGCGACGGCCUUCACGAUUUAAACGUGCAGUGCGACUGGCAGCAAAAGGGUGGAACCUAUUGGGUCCGCUACAUCCACAUCGAGCUGCUCGGGUUCCCGCCUCAAACUUCGCCUUCGCAUAUAAAGAUCGGCGACAAAGUGAGGGUGAAGCCUUCGGUCACCACGCCAAAGUACAAAUGGGGCUCCGUCACCCACAGGAGCGUCGGCGUUGUCAAAGCUUUCAGUGCCAACGGAAAAGAUGUGAUCGUGGACUUCCCUCAGCAGUCGCACUGGACUGGCUUGCUGUCCGAGAUGGAGCUGGUGCCCAGCGUGCACCCCGGAGUCAGGUGCGAUGGGUGCCAGAUGUUCCCGAUCAACGGCGCCCGGUUCAAAUGCAGAAUCUGCGAUGACUUUGACUUCUGCGAAAACUGCUUCAAGACACGCAAGCACAACACCCGGCAUUCCUUUGGCAGAAUCAAUGAGCCUGGCCAGUCGCCGGCCUUUUGCGGCCGCUCGGGGAAGCAGCUGAAGAAGCACCACGGCAGCCAGCGCGGCAUGCUGAUCGACGACUGGUCGCGCGCCGUCAAGAGUCUCAACGUGUCGUCCUCCGUCAACCAGGCCUCGCGCCUCAUCGACGCCGGCGACCAGUGCUGGCAGUCGUCCGGCUCGCAGGGGAAGCAUUGGAUUCGUCUGGAGCUCUUCCCAGACGUCCUCGUGCAUCGGCUGAAGAUGGUCGUGGACCCAGCAGACAGCAGCUACAUGCCCUCCCUGGUGGUGGUAUCGGGCGGAAGCUCGUUGAACAACUUAACCGAGCUGAAGACCAUAAACGUCAACCCCACUGACACCGCCGUCCUGCUGCUCAGCGACUGCGCUGAGUAUCACAGAUACAUUGAAGUUGCCAUCAAGCAGUGCCGCAGCUCCGGAAUAGACUGCAAGAUCCACGGACUCGCCAUCGUGGGACGCGUCCGAGCGGAAGACGAGGACCUGGCCACGGUCCCUUUCUUGGCGUCAGACAACGAGGAAGAGGACGAUGACAAAACGGCCACUGGGAGUCUUGCUCGCAAGAAAUCCUCUGGAUUGGAGUCGUCCGCGACCAUCAGGACUAAAGUGUUUGUCUGGGGGCUGAAUGACAAGGACCAACUGGGCGGGCUCAAGGGAUCCAAGAUCAAGGUGCCCUCCUUUUCCGAAACCCUCUCUGCCCUCAACGUGGUUCAAGUCGCCGGUGGUUCUAAAAGUCUCUUUGCAGUCACGGUGGAGGGCAAGAUUUACGCGUGCGGUGAGGCCACCAACGGCAGGUUGGGCCUGGGUCUGACCAGCGGUACCAUCCCCAUCCCGCGGCAGAUCAGCGCCCUCAGCAACUACGUGGUGAAAAAAGUGGCCGUGCACUCGGGCGGACGCCACGCCAUGGCGCUCACCGUGGACGGAAAAGUGUUCUCCUGGGGAGAGGGCGACGACGGGAAGCUGGGACACUUCAGCAGAAUGAACUGCGACAAGCCUCGGCUGAUCGAGGCACUGAAGACCAAGCGCAUCCGAGACAUCGCCUGCGGCAGCUCCCACAGCGCCGCCAUCACUUCCUCCGGGGAACUGUACAGCUGGGGGCUGGGGGAAUAUGGCCGCCUGGGACACGGCGACAACACGACGCAGCUGAGGCCUAAACUCGUGAAAGUUCUUCUGGGACACCGUGUGAUCCAGGUGGCCUGUGGAAGCAGGGAUGCUCAAACGUUAGCGCUCACUGAUGAAGGCUCGGUGUUCUCGUGGGGCGACGGGGACUUUGGGAAGCUGGGUCGCGGCGGGAGCGAAGGAUGCAACAUUCCCCAGAACAUCGAGAGGUUGAACGGGCAGGGCGUCUGUCAGAUUGAGUGCGGAGCUCAGUUCUCCUUGGCUCUCACCAAAUCGGGCGUGGUGUGGACCUGGGGCAAAGGGGACUACUUCCGACUGGGACACGGUACUGACGUCCAUGUGCGGAAGCCCCAGAUGGUCGAGGGGCUCAGAGGCAAAAAGAUCGUCCACGUCGCAGUGGGAGCGUUGCACUGUUUGGCUGUUACUGAUUCAGGACAGGUGUACGCUUGGGGCGACAACGACCACGGACAGCAGGGCAACGGCACCACCACCGUCAACAGGAAGCCUACACUGGUGCAGGGUCUGGAGGGCCAGAAGAUUACCAGGGUGGCCUGCGGUUCCUCGCACAGCGUGGCCUGGACCACCGUGGACGUGACCACCCCGUCCGUGCACGAGCCGGUCCUUUUCCAGACCGCCAGGGACUCGCUGGGGGCAUCUUAUCUGGGCGUCCAGUCGGACAGCGACUCGUCGACGGCCAGCAACAAGACGAGCGGUCAGAGCAGCGUGAAGCCAAAUCGGCCGUCGCUGGCCAAGAUUCUCCUCAGUCUGGACGGCAACCUGGCCAAGCAGCAAGCCUUGUCUCACGUGCUGUCCGCCCUUCAGAUCAUGUAUGCCAGGGAUGCGGUGGUGGGCGCGCUGAUGCCAGCCAGCAUGAUCGUUCCGGCCGAACGCCCUUCCAGCUCCCCCGUGCCUCCGUUCGAUUCGUCAUCCUCGUCCAGCGUCAGUGACGAUGAAGGCCCUCCCAUCAUGCCCGAGAUGGAGGCGCCGGUCAGCCCCAAUCCCUGGCAAGACAAGAAGGGCGAGGUUCCCUCCUCCGAAGACGCCGUGACGCCGUCGUCCGCCAUCACUCCCUCCGCCUCGGGCGCAUCCUCGCGUCCUUUCAUCCCCGUCACCGACGACCCGGGCGCAGCCAGCAUCAUCGCAGAGACCAUGACUAAGACCAAAGAGGACUCUGAAAGCCAAAGCAAAGUGGUGGGUCCGGAGCCUCAGUACCUGGACGAAUUCUCCAGCCUGCUUGUGCCUGACGACACGCGAGUCAUGGUGGACCUGCUCAAACUGGCCGUGGCUUGUCGCUCCGGGGGGAAAGGCAAGGAGGUGCUCUCGGCUGUGAUGUCCGGCAUGGGAACGGCGUACCCCCAGGUGGCCGACAUGCUGCUAGAGCUGUGCGUCACCGAGCUGGAGGACGUGGCCACCGACUCGCAGAGCGGCCGGCUGUCCUCGCAGCCCGUCGUCGUGGAGAGCAGCCACCCGUACACCGACGACACCUCCACCAGCGGCACUGUCAAGAUCCCUGGUGCAGAAGGACUGCGGAUAGAGUUCGACCGGCAGUGUUCGACGGAAAGACGGCACGACCCUCUGACGGUCAUGGAUGGAGCCAACAGGAUUGUGUCGGUCAGAUCAGGUCGGGAGUGGUCUGACUGGUCCAGCGAAUUAAGGAUCUCGGGCGACGAGCUCAAGUGGAAAUUCACCAGCGACGGUUCGGUCAACGGCUGGGGCUGGCGCUUCACCGUGUACCCCAUCAUGCCUGCUGCGGGUCCUAAAGACUUGCUGUCGGAUCGCUGCAUCUUGUCCUGCCCCUCCAUGGACCUGGUGACGUGUCUCCUCGACUUCAGGCUCAACUUGGCCUCCAACAGAAGCAUCGUGCCCCGUCUGGCCGCGUCCCUGGCAGCUUGUGCCCAGCUCAGCGCGUUGGCUGCCGGAAACAGAAUGUGGGCCCUGCAAAGACUGCGAAAGCUUCUGACCACAGAGUUUGGGCAGUCCAUCAACAUAAACAGGCUGCUGGGCGACCCGGACGGCGAGGCUCGCGCCGUGAGUUUUACAGGCAGCGCACUGGCCGCCCUGGUCAAGGGGCUUCCCGAGGCUCUGCAGAGGCAGUACGAGUAUGAGGACCCCAUCGUCCGGGGAGGGAAACAGCUCCUCCACAGCCCAUUUUUCAAGGUGUUGGUGGCUCUCGCCUGCGACCUGGAGCUGGACACGUUGCCGUGUUGCGCUGAGACGCAUAAGUGGGCCUGGUUCCGCCGCUACUGUACGGCCUCCAGGGUGGCAGUAGCGCUGGAUAAAAGGACCUCCUUGCCCAGACCGUUUCUGGACGAGGUGACCAAAAAGAUCCGCGAGCUCAUGGCCGACCACGAGAGCGUCAACGUGCUCCACGAGAGCCACGAGCUGUUCAAGCGCGAGCACGACGAGCAGCUGGUGCAGUGGAUGAACCGGCGGCCCGACGACUGGACCCUUUCGGCCGGCGGCAGCGGUACCAUCUACGGUUGGGGGCACAACCAUCGCGGGCAGCUCGGCGGCAUUGAGGGGGCCAAGGUCAAAGUGCCGACGCCCACCGAAGCCCUCGCCACGCUGCGCCCCGUGCAGCUCAUCGGAGGGGAGCAGACGCUGUUUGCCGUCACUGCGGAUGGAAAGCUAUACGCCACCGGGUACGGCGCCGGAGGCAGGCUGGGUAUCGGCGGCACCGAGUCGGUGUCCACCCCGACCCUGCUGGAGUCCAUCCAGCACGUCUUCAUCAGGAAAGUGGCAGUGAACUCGGGAGGAAAGCACUGCCUGGCGCUCUCCUCGGAAGGAGAGGUGUACUCGUGGGGAGAGGCGGAGGACGGAAAACUUGGCCACGGCAACAGAAGCCCCUGCGAUCGUCCUCGUGUCAUCGAGUCCCUGAGGGGAGUGGAAGUGGUGGAUAUCGCCGCGGGAGGGGCGCAUAGCGCUUGCAUCACGGCCAGCGGAGAGCUCUUCACCUGGGGGAAAGGGCGCUACGGUCGCCUGGGUCACGGGGACAGCGAGGACCAGCUCAAGCCCAAGCUGGUGGACGCUCUGCAGGGCCACAGGGUGAUCGACGUGGCCUGCGGUAGCGGCGAUGCCCAGACCCUGUGCCUGACCGACGACGACAUGGUGUGGUCCUGGGGCGACGGCGACUACGGAAAACUGGGCCGAGGGGGCAGCGACGGCUGCAAAAUACCCAUGAAAAUUGAUUCGCUGACCGGCGUGGGCGUAGUCAAAGUGGAGUGCGGAUCCCAGUUCUCUGUGGCGCUCACAAAGUCGGGAGCCGUCUACACGUGGGGCAAAGGAGACUACCAUCGCCUGGGACACGGGUCCGACGACCACGUUAGGAGGCCCCGGCAGGUCCAAGGCCUCCAGGGGAAAAAGGUCAUUGCCAUCGCGACUGGAUCACUGCACUGUGUGUGUUGCACAGAGGAUGAAGUGUUCACAUGGGGAGACAACGACGAGGGCCAACUGGGCGACGGCACCACCAACGCCAUCCAGAGGCCGCGGCUGGUGGCGGCGCUGCAGGGCAAGAAGAUCAACCGGGUCGCUUGCGGCUCGGCCCACACGCUCGCCUGGUCCACCAGCAAGCCCGCCAACGCCGGCAAGCUUCCCGCGCAGGUGCCCAUGGAGUACAACCACCUGCAGGAGAUCCCCAUCAUGGCACUGAGGAACAGGCUACUCCUGCUGCAUCACAUCUCUGAGCUCUUCUGCCCCUGCAUUCCAAUGUUCGACCUGGAGGGGCGCUUGGGCCAGACGGGCCACGGACCCUCCCUGGGCUUUGACACCCUCCGCGGCAUCCUCAUCUCGCAGGGCAAGGAAGCGGCUUUCAGGAAGGUGGUUCAGGCCACCAUGGUGAGAGACAGACAGCAUGGACCUGUGGUGGAGCUCAACAGGAUCCAGGUGAAGCGCUCUCGAAGCAAAGGAGGCCUGGCGGGUCCCGACGGAACCAAGUCGGUGUUCGGUCAAAUGUGUGCCAAAAUGAGCUCGUUCAGCCCCGACUCCCUGCUGCUCCCACAUAGAGUGUGGAAGGUCAAAUUUGUGGGCGAGUCUGUGGACGACUGCGGCGGCGGCUACAGCGAGUCCAUCGCCGAGAUGUGCGAGGAGCUGCAGAACGCCCUGACGCCGCUGCUCAUCGUCACCCCCAACGGACGCGACGAGUCCGGGGCCAAUCGAGACUGCUUCCUGCUCAACCCCGCUGCCAAGUCGCAGCUGCACAUGAGCAUGUUCCGCUUCCUCGGGGUUCUGCUGGGCAUCGCGAUCCGCUCCGGAAGUCCGCUGAGUCUCAAUCUGGCCGAGCCGGUGUGGAAGCAGCUGGCCGGCAUGAACUUGACCAUCGCUGACCUCAGUGAGGUGGACAAGGACUUCAUUCCCGGCCUGAUGUACAUCCGCGACAACGAGGCGACGUCUGACGAGUUCGAGGCCAUGACGCUGCCCUUCACUGUGCCCAACGCUAGCGGGCAGGACAUCCAGCUCAGCUCCAAGUACUCGCACAUCACGCUGGACAACCGUGCGGAGUACGUGCGACUCGCCAUCAACUACAGGCUGCACGAGUUUGACGAGCAGGUGUCGGCCGUGCGGGAGGGCAUGGCCCGCGUUGUCCCCGUUCCCGUCUUGUCACUUUUCACCGGAUAUGAACUGGAAACCAUGGUGUGCGGGAGCCCCGACAUCCCGCUGCACCUGCUCAAGUCUGUGGCCACCUACAAGGGCGUGGAGCCCACCGCCCCGCUGGUGCAGUGGUUCUGGGAGGUGAUGGAGUCCUUCUCCAACACGGAGCGCUCGCUCUUCCUGCGCUUCGUGUGGGGGCGCACGCGGCUGCCGCGCACCAUCGCGGACUUCCGCGGACGCGACUUUGUCGUACAGGUACUGGACAAGUACAACCCUCCCGACCACUUCCUCCCCGAGUCGUACACGUGCUUCUUCCUGCUCAAGCUGCCGCGCUACUCGUGCAAGCAGGUGCUGCAGGAGAAGCUCAAGUACGCCAUCCACUUCUGCAAGUCCAUCGACACGGACGACUACGCUCGCAUCGCCCUGUCGGGCGAGCCGGCCGCCGACGACAGCAGCGACGACUCUGACAACGAGGACGCCGACUCGUUCGCCUCGGACUCCACCCAGGACUACCUCACCGGGCACUGACCUCCUGCAAGUUUAGCGAGGCGGCGCGUCCAGGUGGAAUUGUUCGUUUUUUUGUUUUUUUUUUUAUGCUCACAUUCCUGCAGGUUAGACGCACUCGUCUGUGUGAAUCUGUGUGUGUGUGUGUGUGUGUGCAACCAGCUGUGAAGCAUUAAGAGCUUAGAAGAAGAAGAGCCAUCCCGUGAUUGUUACAAUUUAUUUAUAUUAGAAUGACGCCUUUAGUGUGUCUGUACAUAAAAGUGGAUAAACGGUAGCUGCCCCAUUUGUCUUUUUGUUUUUGAAAAUAAAGAAUCAUUUAACAAAUGUAGUUGUUGCUCACAUGUCGGUCUACUGAAGUGUGCGUCAUCACAGUGUCUCCCCAUCGAAUGUGUGUACAUAACUAUACAGAAUUAAAUAUGACUGUGCCAUGUA